GGCAGACGGAUUCAGCUAUAAAUCUAGGCUUCUAUGGCUUUGUGCUGCUUCUCAAUUCGUUGAUUGUUAAAUGUUUUUUUUUCAGAUAUGGCUUCGAAGGCUAAUAUGGGAAUUAAAUCGUCUAUUGACUAUCAGUUCUUAGCAUGUUGUAUGCGCAAGGUGCAACUAGAAAAGUAUCUUUACGCGGCACUCUCAAAAAUGGUAGAUGAGAAGUUUGAUUCACUGAUGAAGGUUGUAAUUGAGCAUCUACGGGAAUUGGACAACAAUUUCAUUGUUCACCUGUUGGAUUCUCAUAAUCAAGGCGGAAAGGAGUUGAGAGAAAUAGUGAAUAGAGUUCUUGGUUACAUCUUCAACGUCUACACACAGAUGGCUGACCCGUCUGACGACCUUAUCACCACAGAUGAAGAUUUGUAUGCAAUGAGGCUCGUGCAUGGUCAUUAUUUAAGGGUAAAAAAACAGAUGGAACAAGAUACGCAGCAACUUGCAGAGCGUCUGGCUCAGAUUCUAGAAGAAUGGGCGUCAGAGAAACAAGCUAGAAGAAUUGCGGACAGGAUGGUACUGACGCUGGAUAAUUUGGAUAUUGUAGAACUGCUGCAGUCACAAGAUCAAGGAGGAACAAAACUGAAGGUGCUCGAUGUUAUUGGAGUGAAACGAAGAGAAGCAACCCAUUAUAAGACCGUGUCUGCGAGAGGGACAGCCGAUGAGCUUGUUUAUGACGAGUAUUUUUCAACAAUUUUCUUCGAGAAGCAAGAACUUAUUGAGGAACUCGACCCGAUUGUAGCUGAAUUGAAGUGUAUAGAUAUUUCAGAAGACUCAGAGAUAGGUGCCAUGUUAGUGAUGAUGAAGAACGGUUACAUCAGAGAGAUAAUUGAGACAUACGACGAUCAAGACUUAACAAGGGCGGAACAAAUGAUAGAUGAAGCUUAUGAUACCAUAGAAGACUUUUUAUCGAAGGUAUCAACAAUUUGUUUUGAGACAACAUAAAGAAGAUAUGAAACCAAGAUGGGAACGGUAUCUGGUGUGAUAUCUCAAAUAUUUUCCAGAGUUUCUCUAGUGCAAUUACCACGUGCAAAAUAGUCUAUAUCGGAUGAAUUGGUGCUAUUUUAUAUUUUUAUUGGAAAUUAUUCUCGAGAUGUUUUAAAAUAGUAACUUUAUUGGCAUUGUUUUUAGCUUAGAGAGAAAGUCGGUUCGAAAAUAUAACAAUUCGGUUACUAACCUCCCACUCUCAAAAACUAGCCACCCAAACCUGAGCUG